AUGGCAUCAAACUUGUUUGAAAACUAUGAGACCUUCAAGGACUAGACUGCUAAUCUCCUUUAUGAUUACUUCUACCCACAUAAGCUCGAAUGGCCUGCAUCAUGUUGUCGAUGGGAAAUAUUCUUUGGAUGCAGGACUGAUGGAAAAUAUCACGAAAAGGUUAAUGCCUGGUAAGGUCUAGGUAGUCUGGUGGUGAUGGGCUACUUAGACAUUCCUUAGCCAGGAUUUAAAUUAGAAAAAGAGAGAAAGCGUAUGACUUUAGGCAAGAAGUAUGACCCUAAUUAGAGAAUCGAGAUACAAAAAAUAUUCGUGCAUCCAGGAGAGAUUAACUGUUUGAAAUGCUGGCCUAAAAAUAAAAGAAUUAUAGCCACUCACAGUGAUACAAAGAAUGUGUAUCUGUGGGAUAUCAAUUCACAGAAAAGCGCGCAUGACAGAAUAAAUAUUGAAGCUAACUAGCCAGAUCUAAUAUUGAGUGGCCAUACAGAUGUAGCAGCAUAUGCUUUAGACUGGAGCAGUACAGAGCCUAUAGUGGCUAGUGGAGGAAGAGAUAGAUAAAUCUUACUUUGGAAUGUGGAACAUUACUUCAAUAGUAUGGGUAAAAUCACUGAGGAAGAAAAAGACUAGACUAAUUAGGAUUAUAUGAGUGAUAAUGAAGACAGUAGCAACGCUCAGAAUUCAAAGCAAAUGCUUCCAGAUUAAGCAAAUAACUAUAGCUCAAAUCUAGAAAACAAAGACAGUAGAAACAGAGAAGAAGGAAUGAAUGGUAAAUCAUAUAAAAAUCAAUCCUCGGUCUCAAGAAUUUAAAAAAGUUUAUAGUCAUAUCUAACUGACUCUAAGCCUUAGAGAAAAAGUAUAUCUAGUCUGGAGCCUUAUGCUAGACUUAAAGGUCAUCUUGGAAAUAUAGAAGAUCUUGUUUUUAAGCCUGAUUCAUCAUGUGAACUUGUAUCAGUAGGAAUCGAUAGAUAUAUUUUAUUCUGGGAUACAAGAGCUGGAUCAGUAAGUGGUAAAGGUAAUAUAAAACCAGUCUAAAAAGCUUUGAUGGUUCAUCAUGAUGAUAUAAAUACAGUUGAUUGGAGUAAAUCAGAUACUAAUUAUAUCGCCACUGGUUCUAAUGAUAAGAAAGUAGCGAUUAUUGAUAUCAGAAAACUACCAAGUGAUAGCUCCGAACAAACUGAGAGGUGCCCAGCAAUUUGUAAAGUUCUAGAAGGUCAUACAAGUUCCAUUAACGUUGUGAGAUUUUCUCCAUUCUCCCCUCAUUAUAUUGCCUCUUCAUCAGAGUUUUUGAUUAUUUGGGAUUUGAGAGAAUAAGCUAAAAAUGAUCCCGUGUUCUUCAAGCAUGCUGGGCAUGUUGGUUAAAUUGUCGAUUUUGAAUGGAAUUCUAGUCAGCCUUGGUCUUUUAUAUCUGCUAGUGAUGAUAUUGAUUAGCCGUUGCCUGGAUGCUCUCUUCAAUUCUUUAGACCUAUAGAUCUUUUACUAAUGGAUGAAUUGGAAGCUGAAUAGUAUCUAGAAAAGUACAGUAACCUGCCAGAUAAUGAUGUUGAAAUGAUAGCAGUAUGA